GAAAUGUCUGUGCGUCUUAUGGAGUGGCCAGCCUGGUAUUUUCGCCUCCAUGUCUGCAGUCUCUGGUCAUCCCAUGUACUAUGUCCGCAGUCUCUGGUCAUCCCCUGUACUAUGUCUGCAGUCUCUGGUCAUCCCCUUAACUAUGUCUGCAGUCUCCGGUCAUCUCCUGUACUGUGUCCGCAGUCUCUGGUCAUCCCCUGUACUGUGUCCGCAGUCUCUGGUCAUCCCCUGUACUGUGUCCGCAGUCUCUGGUCAUCCCCUGUACUGUGUCCGCAGUCUCUGGUCAUCCCCUGUACUGUGUCCGCAGUCUCUGGUCAUCCCCUGUACUGUGUCCGCAGUCUCUGGUCAUCCCCUGUACUGUGUCCGCAGUCUCUGGUCAUCUCCUGUACUAUGUCCGCAGAGUCUGGUCAUCCCCUGUACUAUGUCCAUAGUCUCUGGUCAUCCCCUGUACUGUGUCCGCAGUCUCUGGUCAUCCCCUGUACUGUGUCCGCAGUCUCUGGUCAUCCCCUGUACUGUGUCCGCAGUCUCUGGUCAUCCCCUGUACUGUGUCCGCAGUCUCUGGUCAUCCCU